AUGCCGACGGGACACCUGGACGAGGAGGACUUCGUGGCUGUGAAGACGCGCUCCAACACACCAGAAGGUGCUGCGGCCGGCGGAAGCGGCAAUUUUUGGUUGUCCGCAGUGCCGGCCGCAGCACAACCUCUUGAAGGUUGCAAUGAAACCGGAUUUAUCAAUAGUCAGCCGUCGAUGGCUGAAUUCAUGACUGCCUUACCACAUCUUUCUGGGGAGCUGCCUCACGGCCCACCCAUGAGCCCUCAACAGACUCCCCCAGCCGGUGGUUAUCCCAUGGAUGUUCCACACGGCAUGGGAUCACCGGGAGUUAACGUUCCCGAGUAUCCCUGGAUGAAAGAGAAGAAAACUACUAGAAAAAAUAAUCAACAAGUAAAACUUUAG